AUGGAGCAAAAUUGCCAUAAAUGUGAUGAAGCGGAUAGCGAGCGAAUGGUACAAUGUGAUUCUUGUAACUCCUGGUACCACUUCGACUGCGUUGGAGUCGACAGCAAUGUGGCUGAUGUUAGUUGGAACUGCGAAAUAUGCCGUCGCGAUACAUCAGCCGCAGCCGCUAAACCGACAGCUUCAUCGUCGCCAAAUACUUAUAAACGUACGGAGCGCACGCAAUUUACUUCAAGAUGUCCGUCAGCUAUAAAAGCGCCCACCUUGGAUUCACAGGCCAGGGCGUCAAUGCUGACCACGACGGUCACCACAGUGAUUCCAACACCUCUCGCUCAAAGUUCUGCAAUACCUGUAACCACGAGUUUUACCACAUCGCAACAAUUCCGUUCUGCAACACCUGUAACCACAUCGCAGCAUUUCCUUUCGCAAAAUCCUGUAAGCACUUUAACAUUGACACCAUCUUGUUCUGAGUUUACGGGAUCAGCUCCCAACACAACCUCGCAGGGACCCCUUACACUAACAACGGCAACACAAGCUACGGGUAUUAGGUGUCCCGAGACGAUUGCGCCAGCGAUUACAUCGCAUUUUUUAGAGCCUGGCAACGCAGCUCGCUCAUCAACUUAUAUUCCGUAUAUCAACACGAAUUCGCGACAACCAAUGGGUGUAUCUUACGCCAACGUUGACAAGUCCGAGAUGCAUCGGAAUCUACAAUUGGAACGACUAAAAGAGGAGAUGGAGAUCCAACAACAAUAUCUGGAAAACAAAUACAAGAUAUUAUCACAGUAUAAUGAACUCCCACCGAUUACUCCUCCACCAUUUUUGCAGAAUGCAGGACCUUCACAAUCACAACUGAUCGCGAGGCAAGCGAUUCCGAAGCAGCUUCCGGUUUUUAGUGGGGACCCUGAAGAAUGGCCACUGUUUAUAAGCAACUUCGAAAAUAGUACAGCGGUGGCCGGGUAUACCGACGCAGAAAACCUUAUACGGCUUCAAGCAAGUCUCAAAGGUAAAGCUCGGGACAUGGUAAAGAGCAAACUCUUUUUGCCAUCGAUGGUCUCUGAGAUUAUUCAUACUCUGAGAAUGUGUUUUGGUAGGCCAGAGUACAUACUCGAGCGUGUGGUGAAUCGAGCUCGCGCAAUGCCUCCUCUGAAAGAUAAGUUAGAGGGUCUUGUUGAUUUCGCGCUUUGUGUGAGGAGUAUUUGUAAUACUAUGGAAGGUUGCCGAAUGAACACGCACCUUCAUAAUCCAUUGCUGGUGCAAGAAUUGGUUAAUAAACUGCCGAACAAUCACAAAUUGAGCUGGGCUCUGCAUCCGAAAGACGAGGCAAUUCCAGUGGUAAGACAAUUCAGCGACUGGAUAUUCUGUCUGGCCGAAGCAGCUAGCACCGUUGUAAACCUAGCGCCAAGUAAAAGUAAUGCUUCAGUGAACACCCACACUGUCGAAGGCAGUGCAGAACGUUUGCACGCAAAGGCACACACCCCAACUAGUAAGCUAUGCUGCAUAUGCAAUGAUCAGGAUCAUAAGGUGUCGCAAUGUGAGGUUUUUAAAAAAAUGUCCCUACCACGCAGAUGGGAUGCGGUGAAAGCCAAAAAUCUCUGCCGUCAAUGCCUUAGCCCGCAUAGACGCAAAUGUUUCGUAAGCAAAGUGUGUGGAAUAGAGGGUUGUGUAAUAAAACACCACCCUCUACUACACAAAUUCGUCGAGUCUACAGUCGAGCAAGUAAAUACUCACAACAGCGGUUACGAGGAAUCGCGCCCACUUUUUAGAAUAGUCCCUAUUCGUCUGUAUUCGAAAAAUAAGGUAAUGGAUAUCUACGCAUUUUUAGAUGAAGGUUCGUCUGUGACCCUUAUAGAAAAGAAUAUCUUUGAUCAGCUCGGUAUAAAAGGUGAACACGGACCUCUGUGCUUGCGGUGGACGGGAAACACCACUCGCGUCGAAGAAAAUUCUGAACGGGCGUCUAUAGAGAUUUCCAGCAUGACUAGUAAUCAAAAGUACACGCUGAAGAACGCUCGCACUGUUCAUAACCUUGAUCUUCCAGUACAGUCGAUUGACAUAGCCGACAUGCAGACGAAAUACCCGCACCUAAAUGGACUACCCAUUAAGUCAUAUGACAACAUAAAACCGUCACUACUUAUUGGUGCCGAUAAUUGGAAGUUGGCGAUCCCCCUUAAAGUGAAGGAGGGUGCUUGGUCCGAGCCUAUAGCUUCUAAAACUCGUUUGGGGUGGACAUUACAGGGGUGUGAGAGCAGCCGAAAGGAAAACUUCCGUCUCAACGUACACACGUGUGAGUGUCAACUAAAAUACGAUCACUUGCAUGAAAUGGUGAAAGAUUUCUUCGUACUAGAAGCUCCGAAAGCAACGGAGAUUCUCUCAGAGGACGACGCCAAAGCUGUAGACAUCAAGACCAACACAUGCCAGCAAUCAAACGGCCGCUACGAGGUCGGACUUUUGUGGCGUAAUCCAAACGAACCUCUACCCAGUAGCUAUUCCAACGCUGUCCGCCGUAUGAAGUGUCUAGAGAAGAAAUUUGCUAAAGAUCCUGGUAUGCGAUCCACCAUGCAGCAACAGAUAAACAAUCUGCUUGACAAAGGUUAUGCUCAAAAGCUCUCUUUAGCAGACAUUGCAGUGCCUAGGGACAAGGUUUGGUACUUGCCAAUAUGCGUCAUGAACAACCCUAAUAAACCAGGGAAAAUUCGUAUGGUUUGGGAUGCCGCUGCGAAAGCCAAUGGAGUGUCGUUGAACAAUUUUCUUUUAAGUGGUCCCGACCUGCUGAAUCCACUCGUAGACAUUUUGCUGGCGUUUAGGGUCGGCAGAGUCGCUAUUUGCGGCGACAUUGCGGAAAUGUUUCACCGCAUAAACAUCCGUGAAACAGAUAUGCACGCUCAACGAUUCUUGUGGUAUGAUGAGAAUGAUCGCUCACAACACCCAAGCGUCUACGUUAUGCGAGCGCUGACGUUCGGUCUCAACUGUGCCCCCUGUAUAGCCCAUUUCAUACGUGACAAAAACGCAGACAAUUAUAAACAUGACUUUCCACGAGCCGCGGAAGCCAUAAAGAGAAAUCAUUACGUUGACGAUUUCAUUGACAGCGAAGAUGACGAGCACUCCGCGCUAGAAUUGGCAAAGCAAGUCAAGGAAAUACAUCGUGCGGGUGGAUUUAACAUUCGAGGCUGGUCUUCGAAUUCGAAAUCCGUGCUGGACGAGCUGACGGAUGACCUGGGUAUGUUUUGGGAUCCAGCUAGUGACAAUUUUAAGUAUAUUUGCAGGUUUGCGAGACUUCGCCGUGACGUCAUAAACGAAACCUUGGCACCGACUAAAAGAGAGGUCCUUCAGGUGCUUAUGUCGAUCUUCGAUCCACUGGGGUUUGUUGGUUGUUACACCAUAGGCUUGAAAGUUCUCCUUCAAGAUGUGUGGCGGGCAGGUAUUUCUUGGGAUGAUACAUUAUGCGACAAACUCUACGAAAAGUGGUGUCACUGGAAGAAUAUGGUGAAGCUGAUAACUGCAGUAGAAAUACCACGUUGUUACUCGUUGUUCCUGAAAGAAGCCGAAGAAGUUGAACUCCAUACGUUCGUAGACGCCGGAGAAAAUGCAUACGCGGCUGUUUGUUAUCUGCGAACAAAAAGAGGCGAGUUUGUCUCAACUACCCUGGUUGCAGCCAAAUCAAAAGUCGCGCCGCUCAAACCAUUGUCAAUUCCGAGGCUGGAAUUACAAGCCGCAGUGGUUGGCAUACGAUUGGCCUCUACGGUGGCUAAUGUAAAACGAAUAGGUAUUACGUCAAUGUAUUGGUGGACGGAUUCAAAGACUGUCUUGCGGUGGAUUCGGAUGGAUCCAAGAAACUUAAAUCAAUACGUAAUGUAUCGAGUAGGUGAGAUACUCGAGGCAUCGAUUGUAAACCAAUGGAAGUGGGUACCUACGAAACUAAAUCCUGCCGAUUUAGCGACGAAAAUGUCGAGCUGUGCGAACUAUAAGCAGUGGUUUACAGGACCAGAGUUUUUGGCGCUAGAUCGGAAGUCCUGGCCGCAUUGUACCGAGAUCAAUCCUAAUGUUGAAGACUCAAAAGAGCUCAGACACUACGUUUUACACACCGAAAGAGUACCAAUGCGAAAUGUAGCGCUAAACGUUGAGUACUUUUCUAGUUGGAGCCGUUUAUACAGGGCAGUUGCGACCUUCAUACUCUACGUCAAUACCUUACGCGCAAGAAUCUCAGCAAGCAUACCCGACCGUACGAUUCGCUUCGAAAUUGUUCAGCAAGCUCAACAAUUCCUCAUCAAGUACGCUCAAACGGCUUUUAGUGAGGAGAUAACCCUUCUUCAAUAA